AGCUACAAAUUAUGUAAUGAGUCUUCUUAUAAAUAUAUCUGAGGCAGGAAACUGUAAAAUACAGAACAUUUACAAGAGAAACACCAUCGAAUCUUUAAAACUCUCGGAAAGUUUUAUUGGCCAGCUGAGUUGGUUUACACCAUCACACGGGUCACUGUUUUAGGUAUUUCUGCGAAACUGCUGAACAUCUUCAGGUGGCGGAUUUAAAUACUGUAAGGACGUUUAUUCGUGAUAAUGUUAAAGUCGAAGACCUUCGUGAAGAAGACCCGGUCGGGUGGAGUAAUGAAGGUUGUGCGUGAGCAUUACCUCAGAGAUGAUAUUUGGUGUGGUAGUGAAACUUGUACUGAAUGCAAACAGGACUCCCCGGUGCUACAAAAAGACGUGUGUGUCGAGAGCAACCUGUGCUCCUAUCCACACUAUUUGGUCCCUGACACGAAUGUUGUGUUACAUCAGAUCGACGUGUUAGAAAAUCCUGUGAUUCGUAACGUGAUUAUUCUUCAGACCGUACUGCAGGAGGUUCGCCACCGCAGUGCACCUGUCCACAAACGCCUGAAGGACAUCAUCCAUGAAAAGGAGAAACACUUCUACACUUUCACCAAUGAACACCACAGAGAGACAUUCAUUGAACGCCAACCAGGGGAGAGCGCCAAUGAUCGCAACGAUCGUGCGAUCCGUGUGGCAGUGAAUUGGUACAGCAAACACCUGAAAACGCUCGAGUCGGGCCCAGAUGGUCUCAAAGUGGUCCUCCUCACCAACGAUCUAGGGAACAAGCAGAAAGCGGAGGAGAAUGGCAUGGUCGCUUUCAAAUUUGAAGAAUACAUCAAGAGUCUUCUCGCGAAUCCUGAGCUUGUGGAUCUUCUGGCUUUGUCCAAUGACGAUAAGAAUGAGAUCACAAGCAGUAAGGUUUUGUUUCCAGAGCACCUUCCUCUUUCCAGGAUCCAGGUAGGAAUCAAAAGCGGCUCCUACCUUCAGGGCACCUUCAGGGCCAGCAGGGACAACUACCUGGAGGCUACUGUUUUUGUCCAAGGAGACGGAGAGGACAGCACAGAGGUUCUCAUCCAGGGUCUUCAAAACCUCAACAGGGCUGUGCACCAGGAUGUGGUUGCUGUGCAGCUGUUGCCACGGAAUCAGUGGUUGGCGCCUUCAUCGGUCGUCCUGCAGGAUGACGGCGUGGCAAAGGAUGAUGAUGUUGAAGAGGAUGAGGAGGAGAAAUUGAGGCUAUCAGCUGCCGAGGCGGCCAGGAAACCCACAGGAAAGGUGGUGGGAAUCAUCAAAAGGAACUGGAGACCUUUCUGUGGAAUGCUGAAUGUGUCCCAAAUCAAAGAGUCUACCCGCCACCUUUUCACCCCGGCAGACCGCCGUGUUCCACGCAUUCGCAUCGAAACAAGACAGGCUUCCACGCUUGCAGGCCAAAGGAUCAUGGUGGCCAUUGAUGGCUGGCCCAAAAACUCCAGAUAUCCAAAUGGUCACUUUGUCCGCAGUUUGGGAGGUGCAGGGGAGAAGGAGACAGAGCAGGAGGUGCUGCUUCUGGAGCACGACGUUCCACAUCAGGCUUUCUCCCAGGCCGUUCUCAGUUUUCUUCCCAAGAUGCCUUGGGCCAUCACACCAGAGGACAUGGCGAAGCGAGAGGACCUGAGACAUUUAACUGUGUGCAGUGUGGAUCCUCCAGGAUGUACGGAUAUCGAUGACGCUCUGCACUGUAGGGAGCUGGAAAAUGGAAACUUUGAGGUGGGGGUUCACAUCGCUGAUGUCAGUCACUUCAUCAGACCUGGUAAUGCACUGGACAAAGAGGCCGCCAACCGGGGUACAACAGUGUACUUGUGUGGAAAAAGGAUAGACAUGGUUCCCGAGCUGCUCAGCUCCAAUCUGUGUUCGCUACGCUCUAAUGUGGAGAGACUCGCCUUUUCAUGCAUUUGGGAAAUAAACCACAAGGCAGAAAUUUUAAAGACUCGGUUCACAAAAAGCGUCAUCAACUCCAAGGCCUCUCUGACGUAUGCUGAGGCCCAGAUGAGGAUAGAUGACACCAACAAGACUGAUGACAUCACCCAAAGUUUAAGAGGGCUCAACAAACUCGCCAAAAUCCUCAAGAGGCAGAGGAUAGAGAACGGGGCACUGACGCUUUCUUCCUUAGAGGUCCGGUUCCACAUGGACAGUGAAACCCAUGACCCGAUAGACCUGCAAACGAAAGAACUGAUGGAGACAAACUCUAUGGUUGAGGAGUUCAUGUUGCUGGCCAAUAUUUCAGUUGCACAGAAGAUUUAUGAUGAGUUUUCAGAAUGCGCUCUGCUGAGGAAACACCCGGCUCCUCCUCCGUCUAACUACGACGUUCUGAUCAAGGCUGCAAAGUCCAAAAAUGUGGAGAUCCACGUAGAUUCCGCCAAGGCCCUAGCUGAUUCCCUGGAUGGAGCCAAAGUAGAGAGCUUUUCCUAUUUCAACACGCUGCUGCGCAUCCUGGCCACUCGCUGCAUGAUGCAGGCAGUCUACUUCUGCUCUGGCAUGGACAGCGACUUCCACCAUUAUGGCCUCGCCUCACCCAUUUACACGCACUUCACAUCACCGAUUAGGAGGUAUUCAGAUAUCAUAGUGCACCGGCUGCUGGCGGUGGCCAUAGGAGCGGACAGCACCUACCCAGAUUUGAUGGACAAACAUAAACAGUCGGCUCUCUGCAACAAUCUCAACUACAGACACAAAAUGGCUCAGUACGCUCAGAGGGCGUCUGUGACCUUCCACACUCAGUUGUUUUUUAAGAGUCGAGGUAUGCUGAACGAAGAAGGAUUUGUCCUGUUUGUGAGGAAGAAUGCCAUCAUCGUUCUCAUCCCAAAGUUUGGUCUGGAGGGGACCGUCUUCUUUGAUACCAAAGACAAAGUCUCACCCAGCCUCGUUUAUGAUGAAGAGGGUCCCACGCUGAAGGUGGAGCAGCAUACAUUCCACAUAUUCGAUCGGGUGAAGGUUACAAUCGGCCUUGACGACUCCAACAUUCAGCACCAGAAGAUCCGCAUGGCUCUGACAGAACCCUCGAUCCCCGGUGUGAGCGUUCCUGCUCCUGAAGCUGAACCACCAACCAAGAAGCAGAAACUGGAUCGCUGACAAACAAAACAGCUGUAAUUCAUCCAGAUCAUCUCUGAUCUGUUAAAACAGCUAACUGUGUGCCAGGAACAUUUAAGUUUAAUACAUAAAUCACCACAUAGGUGCACUGCUUCGGUCUUACUUUUGAAACAUUUGCAGUUGAAACAGAUUAAAGUUGUCUUUUACUUA